CCAGGACGGCCAUAACGAAUCAACCACCGACCACCGCCCACCAAUCGACAAAAUGGGUGCCCACAAGUAUCUCGAGGAGCUUCAGAAGAAGAAGCAGAGCGAUGUCAUGCGCUUCUUGCUCCGCGUGCGCUGCUGGGAGCUCCGUCAACUGAACGUUGUCCACCGCGCCUCUCGCCCAUCUCGCCCGGACAAGGCCCGCCGCCUGGGAUACAAGGCCAAGCAGGGCUAUGUCAUCUACCGCGUGCGCGUCCGCCGUGGAGGUCGCAAGCGGCCAGUGCCCAAGGGUGCCACCUACGGCAAGCCUACCAACCAGGGUGUGAACCAGCUCAAGUACCAGCGAUCUCUCAAGGCCACCGCCGAGGAGCGUGUCGGUCGCCGCUGCGCCAACUUGCGUGUCCUGAACAGCUACUGGAUCAACCAGGACUCCACCUACAAGUACUACGAGGUCAUCCUCGUUGACCCACAGCACAAGGCUAUCCGCCGCGAUGCCCGCAUCAACUGGAUCGUGAACCCAGUGCACAAGCACCGUGAGAUGCGUGGCCUCACUGCCACCGGCAAGAAGAGCAGAGGUCUCAACAAGGGUCACCGCUACAACAACACCAAGGCUGGCCGCAGACACACCUGGAAGAGGCAGAACACCCUCUCGCUCUGGCGCUACAGAUAGAGGGUUGGCUGAAUUGGGAGCGUUUCUAGUACUGGCAGCACUGCUGCACGGUCUGUUUGCAGGAGUUGCAGGGAACUGGGAGCGACGUCUCGAAAAGGAACAUUCGAUCCGCGUUGGCAUGUGCAGGCAGGCUAGUCUGCUGUGCAACGCACAAAAUGAAAGCAUUCCAAAUCU